CCAUUAACUUAUUUUCACAUUUACAAGGUUUGACCCAUUCUUGGGUCUCCCGACGCUCAUAUCCCUGACAUCACAAUCGAAGUUUUCUCCCAAAGUCUUUGUGAGCAUCCCUGUAUUUUGAUGGCGGGAAUACGGUUGCAACCGGAAGAAGGGGACGUCUCACAGCAGCAAGCCCGAGCUGCCGCGUCCAUUGCUGGCGAUCUGGUUUCAGAUGACGAGAGGUCAGUAGCGGCGGACUCCUGGUCUAUAAAGAGUGACUAUGGAAGCACUCUUGAUGAUGAUCAACGCCACGCCGAUGCUGCGGAGGCUCUCUCCUCCGCCAACUUCCGUGCUGCUUCUGAUUACAAUUCUGACAAGGAGGAACCAGAUGGUGAAGGGGUGACGUCAAUGCUAGGUCUUCAGAGUUACUGGGAUGCUGCUUAUGCAGAUGAAUUGGCAAACUUCCGUGAGCAUGGUCAUGCUGGUGAAAUAUGGUUUGGGUCUGAUGUCAUGGAUGUUGUUGUUUCUUGGACCAAGAGCUUGUGCAUUGAGAUUUCACAAGGUCACAUUCCAAAUCAUGUUGAUGAUAUCAAGUCUGGACCUGUUGAACAGGGUGAUAAAUAUUUGUCUAGCUGGAGUGUGCUUGACAUUGGAACUGGCAAUGGUUUGCUCCUUCAAGAACUUGCUAAGCAGGGGUUCUCUGACUUAACUGGGGUUGAUUAUAGCGAUGGAGCAAUUGGCCUCGCUAGGAGCCUUGCUGAUCGUGAUGGUUUUUCCAACAUCAACUUUUUGGUUGAUGAUGUUCUUGAAACAAAGUUACAAAGACAAUUCCAGCUUGUCAUGGACAAAGGAACGCUUGAUGCCAUUGGAUUGCAUCCUGAUGGCCGUAUCAAAAGGAUAAUUUACUGGGACUCUGUUUCGAAGUUGGUUGCAUCUGGUGGAAUAUUGGUGAUUACAUCGUGUAACAGUACAAAGGAGGAACUAGUGCAAGAAGUGGAAAAUUUCAACCAGAGGACUAAUGAGUCCCAAGGAUCAGACAUUCAAAAGGACCAAGCAUCUGGAGAUCAUACUGUGUUCCGAUAUCUCAAUCAUGUUCAAACAUACCCGACAUUCAUGUUUGGCGGAUCUGUGGGAUCCCGCGUUGCAACUGUGGCAUUCCUUCGGAGCUAGGCACACGAGUGGGUUUCUAUGUUUAGGUUUUGUUGUGUUUUCUUUAGGUAUUAGUGUCCCUGCAUGAUGGAAGUCGUCCCCUUCAAGAAGACUCAUUAUUGUGUUUAAGAUGAAUUGCUAAGUCUAGAUUUGGAUUAGUGAUGAUUUAACGAAGUCUCAUGAAACAUUGAGAUUAGCAGAAAUUUUUUGACUCUUUCUUAGUGUGAAGAUUCGAACUUUGAAUGAGCAGCUGAUUGAGUUUGAAAAUUCUUCAGGCUCACAGGAUUGAAAUUGGCAAAAUUUGUUGGCCUGAAACGAUCUCUUCUAACUUUUGGUUUGAAACUUGCUGUUGUUAUUGCAACUCGCUUUGGUA